AGACGAAAUGAAACUCCGGACGAGGUUUUGCAAGAAAAGCUCCAUAAAAAACUCAGAUGCUCCAGACCAAGAAAGCCAAAAAACCACAAAUUAUCCACUGAGUUGCGUGGAUUGGAGCAGCAAUGAGGAGAUAUAUUUUGUGAGCGAUGACCAUCAGAUCUUCAAGUGGAGCGAUGUGAGUAGAGACUCGGUGGAGGUGGCCAAACUGCCAGAUGACUUUGUGCCCACGGAUCUCCACUGGCUUUUGCUGGGCGGCAGGAGCAGUGGUGGUGGCAAGGGCAGUGACACCCUGCUAAUUUGCAGCAAUGAUGGCAGAUUCGUUAUUCUGAACAAAAGUGCUCGGGUGGAGCGGAGCAUUUCUGCCCAUGGAGCUGCCAUAAGUUCUGGUCGCUGGAGUCCCGAUGGCGCAGGACUUCUCACCGCCGGCGAGGAUGGAGUUAUUAAGAUUUGGUCGAGAUCUGGAAUGCUGAGAUCCACAGUGGUUCAGAAUGAGGAGGCUAUUCGUUGCGCUCGGUGGGCUCCCAAUUCCACCUCGAUUGUAUUUUGCCAAGGUGGACAUAUCUCAAUCAAACCCCUUGCUGCCAAUAGCAAACUUAUCAGGUGGCGUGCUCAUGAUGGCAUAGUGCUUUCCCUCAGUUGGUCCACUCAAUCCAAUGUCAUAGCCUCUGGAGGAGAGGACUUUCGCUACAAGAUCUGGGAUGCACAGGGAGCUAAUCUGUUCACCAGUUCUGCAGAAGAGUACGCCAUCACAAGUGUGGCUUUUAAUCCCGAAAAGGAUUACUUACUGGUGGGCACAUUCAAUCUGCUUAAGUUGUGCCACAGCAAUGGGUGGUCAUAUAACAGCGCUCGUUUCAACAGUCCAAGUGUGGGCUCCUUCUUCAGCCUUUCUUGGUCGGCUGAUGGCACUCAAGUGGCAUGUGGCACCUCGACGGGGCAAUUGAUUGUGGCCUAUGCCAUAGAACAGCAGCUUAUUUCGAGAAACCUUAAGGCCACGACUAAAACGCGCAAGUCGAUUGCCUUAAAGGACAUUGCCACUGGCUCUCAGGAUGUCCUGGACUUUCCACAGCGGAUUGUCAACUUCGCUUUGGGCUAUGGGCAUUUGGUGGUGGCCACCACACAUCAAGUCCACAUUUAUAAUGAAAAGUACAUAAAUACGCCGAUUAUAAUCGAUGGAAGAAAUGAUACGAGGGUUAUUGAAGUGGGAAAGAAAUACUUUAUGAUCUUGGAUGCCUCAUCGAUUUGGGUGUACACUUACACUGGGCGCUUGCAUCUGAAUCCUAGGUAUCCUGGUUCCCAAGCACAGAUUCCCCUGCUCACUUGGCGUUCGCUUUCUCUGGGCCUCGAUGUCCUUGCAAUAAGGGACAAUUCCGAUCCGACUUUGCUCCACCUUUUUGAUUUAAUUCCGGGUGCUUCAAGGCAAUACGAUCCCCAUUCACUGAAAGCCAAGCAACCAAUGGCUGAGAUUGCAGCCUGUCGUGCGGGAACUCAAGAAGAUCAGUUUGUGGCCUUCAUCGACUCCAAUCGUGAGUUAUUCGUAAGUGAAACCCGCAAUCUGAGUGGCGAACGCACGGAUGAGAUAUUCAAAAUUGGCACCCAACUCACUGCAAUCAUGUGGGCCAGUGAGACAAAUAUUUUGGUUGGAGUGCACGACUCCUGCUACAGCAUUUGGUAUUGUCCCGGUGAAGGAGCAGCAGAUCCUACUAUCAUUGCCUUGACUACAAUUACUUUGGAUACCACGGAAUUUGGCAAGCAUGUUUCCAUCGAGAGUUUCGAGGAUGCGGUGGUUACAUUUCGUAGUGCAGGUGCACUUCUCCCAGUGAAUGUCAACAUGUACUGCGAGAUUCUUCAUCGAGCUCUUCUCGAGGGUCAAUGGCAACAGGCCCUGAAGAUCUGCAGGAUGGGUCAACAUUCCAGUUUGUGGGCCACUUUGGCAGCUGUGGCCACCAGGAAACACCAGUUGCAGAUCAGCGAGGAGGCUUACUCGGCAGCUUUACAAAUCGACAAAGUCAGCUACUUGCAACAUCUGAAAACCUUGACUCCUUCGAGUGCCGAGCAAAUGGCCGAGAAUUCACUGAUGAUGGGAAGAAUGCUGGAGGCGGAAACAAUACUUCUGCACGGCAAGAAAAUCGAGCAGGCUGUGGGUUUAUCACUUCGAAUGCAUAAUUGGCGAAGAGCCCUGGAAAUCGCCCAGAAACAUAAGUUGGAGGAACCGGGUUUAAUGCCACGGGUUCUUCAGGAAAGAAGUAAAUAUUUAAAGGCAUUGCAAAGGGAGGAAUGGGAUCCACUGUACCUUCCCCAUGUUGUAAAGACGGAGGCAGAUAGCCCAAGUGACUGA